GAAUGUGGUGCAAAUCAUCACAGAUAAUGCAGCAGCAUAUGUGUCAGCAGGUAGAAUCCUUUUGAAUUAUCACCUUUAGGCAUUAGCAAUAUUCUCAUUUGUUGUGGGCUUUGUUUUACUUGGUUGCAUAUUUCUUAAGAAUAAAUUCUUCUUUUGCAGGAAGAAUCCUCCAAGAGAGGCACCCCACUCUUUUUUGGACACCUUGUGCAGCACAUGUCCUUGACCUUCUUUUGGAGGACAUAGGAAAACUUGAGUGGGUGACUCCAGUUGUGGAAGAUGCAAGGAGGAUCACUAAAUAUAUCUACAAUCACCCUUGGGUCCUAAAUUUGAUGAGACAACACACGCAAGGGAAAGAUUUGGUGAGAGCUGGUGUCACAAGGUUUGCAACGAUUUUCUUGACGUUGCAAAGCAUUCUUGCUGCAUUGACUUCUUUGAAACAAAUGUUUGUGAGUGGAGAAUGGCUUAACUCACCUUAUUCAAAGAAGCCUGAAGGAGAGGCUGUCGCAUGCAUAGUCUUCGACAACCAAUUUGCACAAAGGGCUGCAGAGAUUGUGAAGGUGUCAGAGCCCUUGGUUCGAGUUCUUCGCUUGGUGGAUGGGGAUAAAACCCCAAUGGGAUAUCUUUAUGAGGCCAUGGAUAGGGCCAAAGAGUCUAUCAAAAAUUACUACAAGGGGGAUAGGCUCAAAUUUGAUCCCAUUUGGGAAAUUGUUGAUAGGAGGUGGAACAAUCAGCUCCACCAACCCAUUCAUGCAGCAGGGUACUUCCUCAACCCUCGUUUUAGGUUCGGGGGUUCUUACUCAGAUUCGAAUGGAGAAGUCAUGGAGGGCCUCAGUACAUGCAUUGAGAGGAUGGUACCUGAUGUUGAGGAGAGAGACCUCAUUGUGAGUGAGCUCCAAAAUUAUGAGGGAGGAAGGGGUAAGCUAUUCUCUUCAGAGCUGGCUAGGAGAGGAAGAACCACUCAAACCCCAGGUAUAACAUUUGCCAUUUGGAUUUUGGGAUCUAAAGACUAAAAUGAUUGAUAAAUU